UGGUGUCUAAAGACAACAUCCUCAACAUUGGUGUGUCAGUGCACUAUGUGCCGCAGUGGAGUUCACUUUUUCCACCUUCACCUCACGUUUAACUUUGGAGACUUUGGAAUUGGGGCUUUUUUGUAUUUGGAAUAAAUGACUGAUCUCACAAUGGUUUCCUCAGAUUUCACAGAGGAUGAAAAAAUGGAGAUCGAGAACAUCAGGAUGUACAAGAAAGACCUACUGGAGGAUAUCCAGAAGUUAAAGCUGGAAAUAGACAAUGUGAUGGCAACAAUACACAGCUUUGAGUCUGCAGAGGAGAACAAAACAAUCGAGAGGAGCAAAUGUUUCAUAAAUGGGAAGAAGAAAUUCAACAUGGAUCCCAAAAAGGGCAUCAAUUAUCUGGUGAAGAAUAAGCUGCUGGACGAACGGGCGGAGACAAUCGCAGAGUUUCUCUACAAGGAGGAAGGACUCAACAAGACGGCCAUCGGAGAGUUUCUUGGUGAAAGGGAGGCGCUCCACCUCCAGACCCUGAAGGCCUUCGUGGAGCUGCAUGAGUUCUCUGACCUCAACCUGGUCCAGGCCCUGAGACAGUUUCUGUGGAGUUUCCGACUUCCUGGAGAAGCCCAGAAAAUCGAUCGGAUGAUGGAGGCCUUUGCCACUCGCUACUGUGACUGCAACGCUCACGUCUUCCAGUCGACGGACACAUGUUACAUCCUGUCUUUUGCCAUCAUCAUGCUGAACACCAGCCUCCACAACCCCAACGUGAAGGACAAGACCACGCUGGAGCGCUUCAUCUCCAUGAACAGAGGCAUCAACAACGGCGAGGAUCUGCCCAACGAUCUGCUCUCGAAACUGUACGACAGCAUACGCAGCGAGCCCUUCAAAAUUCCAGAAGACGACGGGAACGAUCUGACUCACACUUUCUUCAACCCGGACAGAGAGGGCUGGCUCCUGAAACUGGGAGGCAGAGUGAAGACCUGGAAGAGGAGAUGGUUCAUCCUGACCGACAACUGCCUCUACUAUUUUGAGUUCACCACCGACAAAGAGCCCAGAGGCAUCAUCCCUCUAGAAAACCUGUCUGUGAGAGAAGUGCCGUAUCCACGGAAACCGUACUGUCUGGAACUGUGCAACCUCAACAGUCCAGGGCAGAAGAUCAAGGCGUGUAAAACCGAGACAGAUGGACGGGUGGUGGAGGGGAAGCAUCAGUCCUACACCAUCUGUGCCGCCAGCGCUGAGGAGAGAGACUCCUGGAUCGAGGCCAUCAGGUGGGGGCACUCACACACACACCACACUGACACACCGCGUCUCACUCAUGUGUUCAUCACGAAUAAUGUCACAUCAUUUUCGAGCCUUUACUUUUGACAUGACGUCACAAACGUGUUGAUUUCCUCUGACUUUAUCUCCAAACCAGAAAAACUGACGUCGACUCAAAAUAGACGGAAUUUUCCUUUUGACAAAAUGAGUUCCGUUCCAUACUUCCCAUGACGCACCACCAAACAAAAAUGUCACCAAAAUAUACGUCAAACAAAUAUAAUGAUUCUCCAGUCUGCGGGUGCUUUAAUUUACUUGAAUCUUGUUUAGUUGAACACAAUGCAGAUACGCUCACAGGAAUUGAAAAAAGUGACCAAAUUAGAGUCCGUGUGACCUGAAGUGUAGUUCCCGUUGGUUGUACUUAAACUCAUCAAAUGACUUUACUUUAUCUUCUUAUUCACCGUGGUGUGAAUGUUACAGCUCAGAGUUUCCUCACGGUGUAAAGACGUUCUGACUGUGAUCUAAGACGGUGUUGCUACAAAUGUACACAGAUUCUGCAAUAGUGCC